AUGGCGCAGCCAACCGACUACAAGCUCGAUGAUUUCGAGACAUUCCGCAAUGUGAUCGACAAUGAGCUCAGCGCCACGGCGAAGACUACUCGCGCGGUCAACCCCAGCAACGAGGAGCAGCUUGCCGAGGUGCCCGUCUCCACGCAAGCGGAUGUCGACCGUGCCGUGGCGGCGGCGAAAGCGGCGUACCCAUCGUGGAGCGCGCUCUCUCAGGAUGAUCGGGCGGCAUAUCUGUCCAAAUUCGCAGACGCAAUCGAGGCAAACCAGGAAGGUUUCGCCCCACUGCUGGGAAAAGAGACUGGCAAGCCACUACAGUCAGCAGGCACGGAGUUCUUUUUCCUGAUCCACCAGAUCCGCGACACGAUCAAGAGGCACCGCUUGACUGAGGAGAAGAUUGAAGAAACGGACGAGUUGAGCAUUGUGAUACGUCACGUUCCCCUUGGCGUUGGCGUGGGAAUAGUGCCAUGGAACUUCCCAAUGCUGCUCGGCGUCGUCAAGCUCGUUGCCGCGCUCCUGGUCGGAAAUACCUUUAUUUGGAAGCCCUCACCCUUCAGCCCCUAUACUGCGCUCAAGGUGGGAGAGGUUGGCGCCAAAAUCUUCCCCAAGGGCGUCUUCCAGGUCCUGAGCGGCGAGGAGGAUCUGGGGCCGAUGUUCACGGCACACCCAGGAGUCGCGAAAAUCAGCUUCACCGGAUCUGUGGCCAGCGGCAAAAAGGUGGCGGCGGCCUGUGCUCCGACCCUGAAGCGUGUGAGCCUCGAACUGGGAGGCAACGAUGCCGCCAUUGUGUGUGCCGACGUCGAUAUCGCAGCCGUUGUGCCCAAGAUUGCAUCCAUAGCUCUCAUGAACACCGGCCAGGUUUGCCUCUGCAUCAAGCGCGUGUACGUGCACGAGGACAUCUACGACGCUUUCCUCGCAGCCUUCGUGGACUUCGUCAAGACCCUGAAGAGCGGUGGUCCCACGGAUGCCGAGGCCGUCCUCGGGGCGACGCAGAACAGCAUGCAGUACGCCAAGCUGCUGGACCUGUACAGCAACAUCUCCAAGGAGGGGUGGAACGUCGUCCUUGGUGGCGAGCCCGCGGCGCCCAAGAAGGGCGGCGGCUUUUACUUGCCGACCACCGUGGUGGACAACCCCCCGGAGAACUCUCGUCUGGUUGCCGACGAGCAAUUUGGGCCCAUUGUGCCGCUACUGAAGUGGUCAGAUGAGGAUGAUGUCCUGCGCCGUGCCAACGCUUCCUUGAUGGGGCUCGGUGGCUCGGUCUGGAGUAAGGAUGUGCAGCGAGCCGAGCGCCUGACGCGCCGUCUGGAGGCCGGAACCGUCUGGGUCAACACUCAUUUCGAGGUCGGCCCGCAGGCCUCGUUUGGAGGUCACAAGGAGAGUGGUAUCGGUGUCGAGUCUGGCCUGGCUGGCCUCAAGGGAUGGUGCAACCCCCAGACGGUUUGGGUCAGGAAGUAA